CUGCAUCUCGCCCCUAGAGUAGAUAAAGUAGAGCAUAUUCCACCCCAAGCCAACUCAAUCUGGAUUCCACUCUAGAGCUCGGUCGGGAAGCGGAAGCGGAGUCACAUCCGAUAUCUAGAGUAGACACCUAGAGCUCCUAUCCAACCCUACCUCCCAUACCUCCCAUAGCUCCCCUUCCUCCUUACCUCCCUCCCAUCCCAUCCCGUUCCCACUCCAUUCCACUCCAUACUCCCUCCUCUCCGCCCCAGAUCCCCGCAACAACAACAACACCUCCACCGCCACCUCCACCUCCACCUCCACCCCAACCAAGCAAAGGAAAAUGGCGAUCCUCACCCCCACCCACGCAAGCACCAUCCACCCGCCGAUCACCGCCGCGGAGCUGUCCCUUCUCCGGCCGAACUUCGCUCUACCUCCAACUCCCGCCGCGCCCUCCGCCGCCAUACCCAGCGCCGCCAUCCCCCCCGUCCGCGCGCCGAAGCCCUCCACCACCGCGCGCGACCCCCGCGGCCCCCCCGGCACGCGGCGCCGUCAGCGCUGGGAAAACGCGCGGCUGGUCGGCAACCCGGCGUUCGUAGCGCCGAGCGCGGGGGACUGGGCGCCGGGGGCGACGCACGCGCACAAGCGGGUGCACUACGAGUUUGCGUGCCUGUGGGCGGGGAUCGAGGCUGGUCGCAGUGCCGAGGAGAAUGAGAGGGAGAAAGAAAGGAAGAUGGUUGAGGCGGCUGCUGUGCCACGUGAAAUUAGAAGGAGGUUGAAGAAGGCGCCGUGUGCGCGUGUCCUGCUGGAGAGCCUGGAGAGGGAGGUUAUUGAGUUUCUCAGGGCUGAGGACGCGGCGGUCGAGGAGGAGGAGGGGUUUGUCCUCGUUAAUGAGGACGAGGACUCGGAGGAGGACGAGAUCGUCUUCGUGGGCCGGGGGCGUCGUGGCGUGCAGCACGCCGCUCCCGGCGCUGACGCGCAGAGGGAGAAGGUUAAGGUCGUCGAGAAGGUCUUGCUUGCGAGUGCGGAGGAGGACAGGGGUGCCGGAUUUGGGAGGUGGUUGUUGCAUUCCAUCGCGCAGUAUUAUGGACUCCAGAGCUGGAGCGUUACUGAGGGGUGUCCGCGGAUGAGAUAUGCGUAUGUGGCCAAGACGGUGCGUGGUGAUGGCAGCGGGAUGGGAGUCAAGAGGCCACUGUACUUGAUGGUGUAAGUGCCGGGAGUCAAGUGAGUGUAGAUGGUGAUUGUGUAGAUGUGGGGGUGGGUAGAUGGUGUUUCUUUAGAGUGGUUACCUUUUUUUGGUUUGGUCCAGUGAUGUCUCCCUUCGAGUGUGAAUGAGGAGUGACCUGAGUGGAUAGAUGCUUUGAUGCGAUUAGCUAUUUUAUUUGAAUGGACCUCUCUUCUCUUCUAGUCGGUGUAGUGAGAGUGAAUGACGGAUG